GAAAAGGAGGGCUGAGGGAGGAGAUAAAGAGGAGGAGGAUCCAGUGGGGGGGAAGGAAGGCAGGGAUGUGAGCUCGCAAGGACAGAUGGCACAGAGGGGAGGGGAAAACACUCCACUCGCCUGCCAGACCGUGUGAGACGCAGCCGACGCUCGACGACAGCAGCUCCGAGGAGGAUGCUCGGAUCGACGCCGCCACCUUCAUCGCCCAGGAGGGGAGCGUAACCGGACGACAAAUACAUGAGGAGGCAAGCAGCGGAGCGGAAUCUACCAUUUUUGAGGGUCUCUUUCGCCUCCUGCCUUUAGGCGUUUUUUUUGGUGUGUGUGUUGAACCAACCAUGAGCGAGGCCAAGAAAGGUGAGCUGGCCAUCCGCGAUAAAGCCAUCCUGCACCAGCAGCGACGUCUCAAGCAGGCCACGCAGUUCACGCACAAGGACUCGGCUGACCUCCUGCCCCUGGACGGCCUCAAGAGGCUGGGGACGUCCAAAGACCUGCAACCUCACAGCAUCGUCCAGCGGCGCCUCCUAGAGGGCAACAUCACACGGCUGCGAGGCGAGGCGCGUGACCCGGGCGCCCGGGUGCGCUCGCCGCUGGCCGACACCAAGGACGAGGAGAGGAGCGAGAGCACCGCCGACUCCUCCGCCGAGGAGAGGGAGGAGUCUCCGGUAGACGACGAGGAGGCGGCGCCACACGCCCACCCGCUCACGGCGCUGCUCGUUCAGUGCAAGUGCUGCGAGGCGGAAGUCAAGGCGUCGUUAAACACCAGCAGCCCGCACAACCACAUCUCUGCUUCCUGCUGCCACAGGCUGGGCCUGGCGCCCAGUCCGCACUCCGGCAGCUCCGUCAGGGAUGUGAAGCUCCAACUGGGCACCACGACGCUCCAAUGUUCCGCUUUGGUCCAAGAGGACCAGACGUUUGAGCUGAGCCUGGGUCUGCAAACUCUGCUGCAACUCCAAUGCUGCUUGGACCUCAACAACCGGGUCCUGAAGCUCGGAGGCGACGACGCUGGCGAGGAGCUGCCCUUCCUCGGCCUUGCCGACCACCCCCCGUCCGAAAAGCACAACCACAACCUGUGAGCGUUUCUGAUUGGACCACAACACCCGUUUCUAACGAGACUGGGCUGGGCUUUCCGUUAGCAUCCUCGCGGAAGGCUAAGCUAAGCUAGGCUAACACCCUCCAUUUCCUGAACGGAGUUAGCUGGCGGGCUCACGUGUCCCCUCGUUCUACCUCCUCCACAAACGACGACACGCGCUGGAUUUUAAAGCGCAAUUAGCGGCUCCUUAGCGUCCAUCUUUAGCCGUGGAGAGGGCGACGGUGUCCUGGUUAGACGUGCCCCCCCUCGACCCCCCAAGAUAAACAGCCAGUCAAACAUUCCAUGUGCAUGACUUUGUGGAGUAAGUCUGCAUGUUUGUGUACUCUUCUGAUAGCCUGAACCUCGAGAGUGUGUGUGUGUGUGUGUGUGUGUGUGUCCAAGCUGCCUUCCCACGCCGCCUUUCUGUCUCAAAUCUUCAAGCUUUGCUUCUCUUUUUUGGCGAGACGGAAUACUAUGAUACUAUGUGAAUUUAUCGCCUACAUCUGCCGGGUGUUUUUUUUUUUUUUUACGAGCUAGCGCGCCACCUGCCUCUCCUCGUGCGCACGGGAGCUUCCUGCCAACCAGGGAUGCACGUGUAAUAACCACACUACACCAACAGGGGGCAGCACAGUUGAUUUGAAGGACAUUUCUACAGCUUAGUUUGUGUCACAAAUGAGGGUAGAGUGCAAUAAAUUAUUUAAAUAUAUAUGAUUUAUUCAUGAAUAAGUAAUAGAUCUAUGUGCCAACAUUUAAUAAAGCUAUAUAAAUGGGUAAAUUGUUUAUUAUAUUGGUAAUUAAAAAUGUUUAUUAAAAUUGUGAAUCAUAAAUAGGACUUUAAAAUUAUUUAUCUUGAACGCACAACCAAUUCAUAUAUUUGUAAUUUGUUUAUUACAUAACUUUAAUACUGAAUUUAAAAAUAAAUUGAUUUAUAUUGUAGUGGUUAGCGUUCUGGCCCUUGCAACGGAUGCCCCGUGUUCGAAUCUGCACAGUAAGCACCAUUGUAUUCAUCAGGAAGGGCAUCCGGAAUAUAAAGGGCUCAAGCCAAAAAUCAGUAUGCGGAUCAAAAAAAUAUCUGCUGUGGCGACUCCGUAAGGAAAAAGCAGAAGAAACAAACAAAAAUAUUUUUUAAUGACCAAAUGUAUGCUUUUUUUUUCUUGUCAAUUUACAACUUUAUUUUAACAAAUUGACAAGAAGAAAAGCUGUAAAUUAGACACUAUGACACAACUUUUUUUCUCAUGAAUUUAUGACUUUAUUCUCGUCAUAUUACGAGUUUUUGUCUCAAUCAUUGACUUUUUCCUGGUAACAUUUCUCUUGUAAAUUUACUUUACUUUAUUCUUGUCAAUUGACAUUAUUCUCACUUUUUUUCUCCUAAAUUUAAUUUACAACCUUUUUGCGUAAAUGUGUGACUAUUUUCCUACAUUUAUGACUUUAUUUGACCAGAUUCAACACAAGUAGAAGAAAAAAAAAGUUUUACAUUUACAAAAAUAAAGUUGACACUGAACUCUAUUCUCGUGAAUUUUCGACUUCCUUCUUAUACUAUGAGUAUGUGUCUCAUUAAUUUGACUUUUUUUCUGGUAAUUUUGUGACAUUUCUCUUGUAAAUGUACUACUUUAUUCUCGUACAUUUACAAGAAUAAAUAUGAGAAUAAAGUUGAAAAUUGACAAGAAAAAAAAAUUUGACUUCAUAACAUCUAGCAUUACAACUUUACCAACAUUAUAUUACCAGUUUUUGUCUCGUAAAUAUAAGACUUCACUGUGGAAAUAUCCGAUUUUUCAAUGUGGCCCAAAUACUGAUUUCAUUUUCGCCACCAAUUGCAGACCCUCUGGUGCCUCCUGUGGUGGAAAGUGGUACGACAAGAGAAAUGAUUCAUAGCGUGUAAUGACUUUUCUUACGCUGUAACAUCUUGUUCAACGCCUCCGUGUCACAUCUGUGUUUUUGUAAAAGCUUUGAGUAGCAUUUUGGGUUUGUUUCUGCUAUAUUUGGCCGCUACUCCCCCUGCCAGCGCCAUCAACACAGAGGUCUAGUUUGUCCUCCUUUUGGUGUUUCUCUUUCUCUGAGCAGUAUUUUCUGUGUGAUAAAUAAAAGAUAUGUAUUCUG